UUCCGCUUUAAAGCUGCAUGCAUUCGUGGAGUUGAAAUACAGAUCUGUUGCGAUUUUAGUUAAACUAAGUAUCGUAGUAUUCAUUGUGAAACUAUGUUUUUUGUAGACCUUUGAUACUUUAACCUACUCUGUCAUGUCAUAAAACAAUAGACAGUUGACUAUUACAUCGUUUGGAAGCAAACAUUGGAUUUAUGCAAUACUGUAACUGUUAUUAGCCUAGUCAAUGGAUUCGGGACGGGGGAGAGAGAGUCGCAGCUGGGACUGGGACAGCCCGCGGUGUCGAGCCGAGCUGGAUGAGAUCUUCUUUAGACAACAUGACUACAUUCAGAGUGGGACUCCGGAGCAUAAGGAUUUUUGGGCUUUCUUUGAGCGUUUCCAGAGAUUCAAAACAAAGAGGGAGAUGUCAGGAUAUUGCGGCUCAGAAAAUGAAAUAGUCAAAAAAAGCAAGCAUCACAGGGAAUUGGACUUGGGGCUUCCUACUGACUACGAUGCUCGGUAUAAAAUCAAUGUGUCUGUGUGCACCAAAGACAUUGAGGAACGCCUGGGGAAGCAACACAAAGGUGGUAGGUCUUUUUCUGGACCGGGACGUGAAGAGAUUGCUGAGUGUCGCCUCUCAUAUCUGCAUUUUCUGGACUUCUCUCAGAAACAGAGUUUUAACAAACUCGCCAAAUUGCGAAGAGAGCAGAAGAACUUGCCCAUUUUCCAGUACAAGGACCGGAUAAUAGAGCUUGUGAGACGCCAUCCUGUGGUUGUGGUGGCGGGAGACACAGGCUGUGGGAAGUCAACUCAGGUUCCUCAGUAUCUCCUGUCUUCAGGAUUCACACAGAUAGCCUGCACUCAACCACGAAGAAUAGCCUGUAUAUCUCUGGCCAAGAGGGUCAGCUUUGAAAGUCUAAACCAGUAUGGCUCACAGGUGGGCUACCAAAUACGUUUUGAGACAACUAGGACCACAGCCACUAAACUGAUUUUCCUGACUGAGGGGCUGCUGCUGCGUCAGAUUCAACAAGAUCGAGAGCUGUCCCAAUACCAGGUGCUGAUCGUAGAUGAGGUCCAUGAGAGGCAUCUCCAUUGCGACUUUCUCCUCGGAGUUCUACGCUCUCUUUUGGAAAAUCAUUCAGACCUUCGUCUCAUCCUCAUGUCAGCCACCAUCAAUAUCAAACUCUUCUCAAAUUAUUUCAACAGUGCUCCAGUGCUGCAGGUGCCUGGCAGGUUGUUUCCCAUACAGGUGACAUACAGACCUAUUCCUCCGGAAGAACAGGCAUCCCGCUCUGAGAAACUUGACCCCCGACCAUACCUGCGUAUUCUCCAGGGCAUUGACCAGCGAUACCCCCCAGAAGAACGCGGAGACCUCCUCAUCUUUCUGAGUGGUUUGACUGAGAUUUCCACAAUCCAAGAGGCCUGUCAGAUUUAUGCUACACACACACGCCGAUGGAUCAUUUUACCUCUGCACAGCACUCUGUCUCUGGCCCAGCAGGAUAAGGUGUUUGACAUUGCUCCUCCAGGGGUCAGAAAGUGCAUAAUUUCUACAAAUAUUGCUGAGACAUCAGUUACAAUAGAUGGAGUGCGUUUUGUUGUUGACUCGGGAAAAGUGAAAGAAAUGAGUUAUGAUCCUAAAGCCAAAAUGCAGCGUUUGCAGGAAUUUUGGAUCAGUAGAGCAAGCUCAGAACAGCGAAAAGGCCGAGCUGGUCGCACAGGCCCUGGAGUGUGUUAUCGCCUUUAUGCUGAAUCUGAUUAUGAUGCCUUUGCUCCAUAUCCUGUGCCAGAAAUCCACAGAGUAGCCUUGGACUCCCUAAUUCUUCAAAUGAAAAGCAUGGGUCUUGGAGAUCCGCUCAGCUUUGUCUUCAUUGACCCUCCACCUGCAGCUAGCAUCCAAACUGCAGUGACCUACCUCAAAGACCAGGGUGCUCUGGACAGUCAAGGUGAAUUAACUACUAUUGGGACAUUACUGGCACAACUACCAGUAGACGUGGUCAUAGGAAAGAUGUUGGUUUUAGGAUCUGUGUUCAACCUUGUGGAGCCUGUGCUGACCAUAGCAGCAGCUCUCAGUGUUCAGUCGCCUUUUCUACGCAGUUCACAGCAAAACCCAGACUGCGCCACUGCUCGCCAACCCCUGCACAGCAACCAGGGAGACCCCUUCACUUUGCUCAACACCUUCAAUGCCUGGGUGGAGGUUAAGGGGGAGAGAGGUGGAGGGUCUAGGAAGUGGUGCCGCAGACGAGGUCUGGAGGAGCAGCGGCUUUAUGAGAUGGUCAAUUUACGCAGGCAAUUCAAGGAUUUGUUGAAAAGCCAAGGACUGCUAGAAUCUGAAGACAGUGCCUCCUCUAGUGGCACCCGUGGUCAUCGCAUGGAGCGGCUGUCAGAGAGAAGGAAGCUGCAUCAGCUGAAGAGAGAUCACGAGCAACAGGAGAGCACCAAACGUAAAGUCUUGCGACUGGAGGAAGGCCAGGAGGAUUCAUCAGGAUCAGACACUGAGGACAGAGGCAGACGAAAUAAGGACAAAGAUAGGGCAGGCCAUGAUCUGGACAUACAGGAGGUGAAGUUCAAGUUGCGUCACAAUGUGUCCGAGCUGCACGAUGCAGUGAGUGCCUGUCAGGACCUAUCCUCCAGAAAACAGGCACUUCUGAAACUGCUGGUCUGCCGAGGCCUUUACCCACAACUGGCAUUACCAGAUGAACACAACACUGCCCGGAAGGAUUCUGAUCAGGUUUUUCACACAAAGAAUAAGCAGGGAGUUGUGAUCCAUCCAACAAGUGUUUUUGCCAGUGAUCCAGAGGUGUUGCAUGUUCCUGAAGAUGAUGGUAGAGAUGGACCUACUAAGAAGGGCAGCAGCAAACAUCAGCUACUCGCCUUUGUCACUCUGCUGGAAACUAACAAACCCUAUUUGACAAACUGUGUCCGAGUUCCAGCACUGCAGACUCUACUCCUUGUAGCGAACUCAGUGGACAGUAAUGCUGACUGCAGUCGUCUUGUAGUGGACGGCUGGCUGGAGCUGGAGUUCAAAUUGCCAGAGGAAGCUCUGAAGAUCCUGUCCACAGCUCUAUUGCUCAGAGCAGAGUGGGAGCGCCUUCUUCUGCACCAGCUGGGUCAGGGAUCAGUGCUGGAAUCAUCAACAAAAGGAGUGUCCCGAAAAGACUUAGAGAAAUUAAGUGAUGGCCUGGUUCGCUUUCUGCUUUACACUGAGGUCAGCUAUAGCAUCCGUAGACUGACAGCUUUACAAACUCAGAACCUGUACAUAGGCCCACAAGCUGAGGAGACCACAUAUUCUGGUGUUAACGCCCUUUUUCCAGGAGUUGAGGCCAAACCAGAUCCCAUUAAAGGAGGCCUUUGUGUCAACAGUUUUUUCAAUUACAACUGUCUGUCUGACUCCAGAGAUCUGUACAGUGAAUGUCUGCGUGCUUUCUGGACCUGUCCAAACUGUGAUCUGUACAUGCCUCUCACUCCCCUGGAGCGCAUGCAGCACGAGGCCACCUGCAGGCCGCCAGGAGAACAGCAGCAGACAGAGGAAGAAUCGGUAAGCACAAAAACAAACUUGUCCAUGUCCAGUUUGACAAGAGUUUACCAUUGUGACAUCUGUGACAAAGAUUUGACUCUGACUUCAACUGAGAUUCUUAAACACAAGCGGCAGCACAUGUAUUCUGCUAAAUAACCAAUGUCAACUCCGGCCAGUUACUAAUCAAAGGCUAUGCAUUUCUUAGAGUUAAAAAAUUAAAUGUAUUUUUUGUA